GAAAGUUAAAUAAAAAAAUAAAUAAACCAAAAGCUGUUUUCUAAGCUCUGACGUCUUUUUUCCUGUCCAAGUCGCAGACUCGUCAUCAUCACAGCUCAAGCGAAAUUGUGUCUGCUUUCUCCUCGCAAUUUCUCUAAAGAGGUAAAGCCUUCGAACAAGUUAUAAUCGUUCAUCUCUCUCUCGCUCGUUUUUAUCUGAGUAAUCUAGAGAGAGAGAGAAGUAGAGGAUGCCAAUAAUCUCCAAAGCUUCUUCAUCUACCAACAACAACAACCACAACAAGUCAUCGCUUCCUUCUUCUUCUAGGAUCGGAGGUCAGGUUUGUGUGGGGUGGCCUGGUUGGAGACAUCUUUGCCUGAGAAAAAGCUUACUAUACGGAGUUAUGUGGCUAUUCUCCAUGCCACUCAAAACACUUCGUGGCGCUAGAAAAACCCUUAAGAUCACUCACUUUUGUAGCAUCUCCAACAUGCCCUCUUCUCUUAAAAUCGAACUGGUGCCGUGUAGUAAGGACAACUAUGCUUAUCUUUUGCACGAUGAAGACACUGGCACGGUUGGAGUCGUUGAUCCUUCUGAGGCUGCACCUGUUAUAGAGGCGUUGAGCAGGAGAAACUGGAACCUGACUUACAUAUUGAAUACUCAUCACCAUCAUGAUCACAUUGGGGGGAAUGCUGAACUCAAAGCAAAGUAUGGCGCAAAGGUGAUUGGCUCAGCUGUGGAUAAGGAUAGGAUUCCUGGAAUUGACAUACUUUUGAAGGAGAGUGAUAAGUGGAUGUUUGCUGGGCAUGAGGUUCGGGUUAUUGACACUCCUGGCCACACACAAGGUCAUGUUAGCUUCUACUUUCCCGGUUCAGCCACAGUAUUCACAGGAGAUUUGAUACAUAGCUUAUCUUGUGGUACCCUCACAGAAGGUACCCCCGAGCAGAUGCUUUCAUCAUUUCAAAAGAUUGUGUCUUUACCAGAUGAUACAAAUAUAUACUGCGGUCGCGAAAACACAGCAGGCAAUAUCAAGUUUGCACUCUCCAUAGAACCAAAGAAUGAAACGCUCCAGUCAUAUGCAACCCGAGUCGCCCAUCUUCGUAGCCAGGGACUCCCAUCUAUUCCAACGAGUGUUAAGGUGGAGAAAGCGUGUAACCCGUUCCUCAGAACAUCUAGCAAAGAAAUCCGCAGAUCUUUGAGUAUUCAAGACUCAGCAGACGAGGUGGAGGCACUGCGUCGUAUACACAAAGCCAGAGACCGUUUCUAAAAGAAGCUUUGAGGGUUAUCUUUACCGUAUUGUAUAGAUGGAAGUCCACUCAUCAUCAGCUGAAAGGUUAAUAUUACAUGUUUUGAGCUUCUUAUGUAAUCAUUUGAAUAUGUUAUAUUCAAAAUGUUGCCCAAAAAAAAAAUGUUAUAUUCAAAAAAAAAAUCAUCUUAAAAUAUAUAGUUGAGCUCAGUUACUAAAAUAUGAAAUUUAAAAUGUAAUAUAUGAUUUUGUGUUUUCGGUUUUGCU